AUGCCACCAUGAACCUGACGCUGAGCUCCGAGCCCGGAUUAUUCCUGACCGACAGCUCCCCGGGGAUGCGGGCCAAUCCCGUCACAGCGUUCGUACCACAUGACAUCCAGACCGCCAAUGAUUCACAAGCCACCAAUCUGACCGCCAAUGCCACUCUCGGACACACAAUCUGGCAGAUCGUGAUGAUCGUGUUCCUCUGCGGCUCGCUUUCCGUAGUCACCAUCACCGGGAACAUCCUGGUCCUGGUGUCCUUUAAAGUCAACAAGCAGUUGAAGACGGUGAAUAACUACUAUUUGCUCAGCCUGGCGUUCGCAGACCUCAUCAUCGGCGUGCUUUCGAUGAACCUCUACACUACGUAUAUAAUCAUGGACCACUGGGCGCUUGGGAACUGGGCCUGCGAUCUGUGGCUGGCCGUUGAUUAUGUAGCUAGCAAUGCUUCAGUGAUGAACCUGCUGGUCAUCAGCUUCGACCGGUACUUCUCCGUCACGCGUCCGCUGACGUACAGAGCCAAACGCACCACUAAGCGAGCCAUGACCAUGAUUGGACUCGCCUGGUCCAUUUCGUUCAUCCUCUGGGCGCCAGCUAUCCUCUUCUGGCAGUAUUUCGUCGGGGAACGAACGGUUCCUCCGGAUGAAUGCUACAUCCAGUUCCUCUCGGAGCCGAUCACCACUUUCUGCACAGCCAUCGCUGCUUUCUAUCUGCCUGUCACCAUCAUGACCGUCCUCUACUGGCGGAUCUACAAGGAGACGGAGAACCGCUCCAAAGAGCUGGCUGGACUCAAGG